AUGACGCGCGCCCAGCAGACCAUCUCAAUCUUCCUCCUUGCGACCUCGAGGGCUAACCUGCGCGAAACGUCCAAACAGCUCUACCUCUGCCUCUACCUGCAGCUCGUCCCGCUGCCCGACGUCAUUCAGACUGAGGUCAUCCCUGUGCUUCCCUUCUGGGUCCUCGUCUCGUUCGGUGCCCUCCUCCUAGGUCGCCUCGGCUGGGGCGUCCUCACCUUCAACGACACGCCUGAGGCGCACAAGGAGCUGCUUCUCGAGAUUGAGGAGGCCAAGAAGGACCUGAGGAGGCUCGGUGUCACUGUCGACUAG